AUGGACGAUAAUUUAGCAAUGGCAGCAGACUUCGAGAGCCGAGCCGAGAAGAAGCUCGCCGGCUGGUCUCUAUUCGGCUCCAAAUAUGAAGACGCCGCCGAGUUAUUCGACAAAGCAGCCAGUGCUUACAAACUCGCCAAAUCAUGGAAUCAAGCUGGAGCAGUUUAUGUUAAGUUGGCCAGCUGCCACUUGAAGUUAGAUAGCAAGCAUGAAGCUGCUAACGCGUAUGCUGAUGCUGCAUAUUGCUACAAUAAGUCUAACACAAAAGAAUCGAUAUCAUGCCUUGAAGAUCCUAUAGAUCUAGUCAUGGAUAUUGGGAGACUGAAUACGUGUGCCAAAUACUAUAAGGAAGUAGCUGAGUUGUAUGAACAAGAACAGAACUUGGAACAAGCUAUUGUUUACUAUAAAAAAGUUGUCGAUCUCUUCCAAAGUGAGGAUGUAACAGCAUCAGCAAAUGAGUACAAGCAGAAAGUUGCGCAAUAUCCAAAGGCCAUUAAGAUCUAUGAAGAUAUAGCACAACAGUCGCUCACCGAUGGCUUACUGAAGUACUGCGUAAAAGGGCACCUUCUCAAUGCUGGAUUUUGCCAGCUGUGCAAGAACGAUGACGGUGCUAUCAACAACGCAUCAGACCGAUACCAGCAUAAAAAACAGAGCAACGUCAAAAGCCAGGCCAAACACUUUUCCAUGAAGAAUAAUAAAUCAAUGGGCGAUCAUUUAGCAAAGGCAGCUGACUUGGAGAGCCAAGCCGAGAAGAAGCUCGCUGGCUGGAAUCUAUCCGGCACCAAAUAUGAAGAUGCCAUCAGUUUAUUCAAGAAAGCAGCCAUUGUCUACAAACUCGCCAAAUCAUGGGAUCAGGCUGGAGCAGUUUAUGUUAAGUUGGCCAGCUGCUACUUGAAGCUGCAUUUAGAUCGAAGGCUUGAAGCUGCUAACGCUUAUGCUGAUGCUGCACGUUGCUACAAGAAGUCCAACACAAAAGAAUCAAUAUCAUGCCUUAAAGAGUCUGCAAAUCUAUUCAUGGAUAUGUGGAGACUGGAUUCGUGUGCUUAUUACUGUAAGGAAAUAGCUAAGCUGUAUGAGCAAGAACAGAACUUGGAACAAGCUAUCGUUUACUAUGAAAAAGCUGCCGAUCUCUUCCAAAGUGUGCAUGCAACAUCAUCUGCAAUUGGGUGCCAGGAGAAAGUGGCACAGUGCUCAGCUCAGUUGAAACAGUUAAAUUUGUCUGCUCUCUCUCUACAUGAUUAG